AUGACUGUUAGCGAGUAUGAAAAAGAUUUCAUCAGACUAAGUAAGUAUGCCCGAGAAAUGGUGCCUAUAGAGGAAGCUAGAUGUAAAAAAUUUGAGCAAGGUUUGCAUAGUGACAUGAGGGUGCUUUUGGCAGCCCAUCCCAUCAGAGAGUUCUCUGCUCUGGUAAAUGCAGCAUUGAAUAUAGAAAAGAUAAAAGAAGAAGAACAGAGCUGGAGACAAAAAGGGCAACGGAAGAGAGGGCAAACCCAGAUACAGGGGCAAUCCUCAACCUCUCAGGCACCUAGUAAGAGACAAAGGGGUGCCCAGCCAUCAAGGCAGAGUCAGGUACAAAGACAAAGGCAGCCACCAACACAGAGUUUUGCAGGGAGGUUUGGGCAGCAAACUAGUACUACUGUAGCCAGUUCAAGAGGCGGAGGCAGGGGACAAUACCCUGUAUCACCACCUGGAGAGAGGCCUAUUCCUGCUGGAUCUAGAGGAAGAGGAAGGGGUAGAGGUAAUCAAACAGGGGCAGCUUCAGCCAGUCAGAGGGUGUCUGAAACAAUAGAUAGACCAGACUUCAGAACACCUGCUAGAGCCUCUGCUAUCAGGGCUAAGGAGGACAGGGACUCCCCAGAUGUGAUUGUUGGUACAUUCUCAAUCUUUGAUAAACCUGUACAUGCAUUGAUAGACCCAGGAUCAACACAUUCAUACAUAUAUUUACCCAUUACAAAUGAGGAAAAAUUACAGGCAGAUUCUCUAAACCAAGAUAUAAUAGUAACCAACCCCCUUGGUCAUAGUGUGAUAGUGAGUAAAGUAUAUAGGGAUUGUCCUAUAUCCAUCCACGGUCAUACUUUCAAUGGUGAUUUGACAGAGUUACCCUUUAGAGAAUUUGAUGUAAUCCUUAGCAUGGAUUGGUUAUCUAGGCAUCGAGUAAUAGUGGAUUGCAGAUCAAAAAGAAUUACAUUGAAAACACUUGUAGAUCAUGAUAUGGUAGUUGUAGGGGAUAGGUCAGAUUACCUGUCUAAUAUUAUAUCAACAGCUACAGCAAGGAGAUUAAUCAGUAAGGGUUGUGAAGCCUACCUAGUCUUUGCACUUGAAACCAAAAAAGAGAAUCUAGGUGUGCAUGACAUAUCCACAGUGUGUGAUUUCUCUGAUGUUUUUCCUGAUGAUCUUCCCGGGUUACCACCAGAGAGAGAGGUGAAAUUUGCCAUAGAUGUUAUACCAGGCACCGCACCUAUCUCUAUUGCUCCUUAUAGGAUGGCACUUACUAAACUAAAAGAGUUAAAAAUACAAUUACAAGAAUUGCUUAACAAGGGUUUCAUACGACCUAGUAUUUCACCUUGGGGCACACCUGUGUUGUUUGUAAAAAAAGAAGGAUGGGACACUAAGAUUGUGUAUAGAUUACAGCUAAAAGAAGCCAGUGUCUUUUCUAAAAUCGAUUUGAGAUCGGGUUACCAUCAGUUGAAGAUAAAAGAAACAGAUGUCUCUAAAACUGCUUUUAGAACUCGAUAUGGACACUAUGAAUUUCUUGUUAUGCCUUUUGGGUUGACUAAUGCUUCUGCAGCUUUCAUGGAUCUGAUGAACCGUAUCUUCCAUCCCUACCUAGAUCAGUUUGUAGUAGUGUUCAUAGAUGAUAUCUUAAUAUACUCAAAGACUAAGGAAGAACAUGAUCAAUAUUUGAGGAUAGCAUUACAGACUCUGAGAGAGAACCAACUUUAUGCCAAGCUUAGUAAAUGUGAGUUUUGGCUAAAUGAUAUAUCCUUUCUUGGACAUGUUGUGUCAGCUGAAGGAAUCAGAGUAGACCCUAAAAAGAUAGAAGCUAUCCUUGAGUGGAAACCACCUAAGAAUGUAGCAGAGAUUAGGAGUUUUCUGGAUUUGGCUGGAUACUAUAGGCGGUUUGUAAAGGGAUUUUCAAUCAUUGCUACCCCAUUGACUAAAUUGUUGCAUAAGAAUGUUAAAUAUGAUUGGGAUGACAAAUGUCAAAAGAGUUUUGAAAAGCUUAAAAAGAUGCUUACAGAGGCACCUGUCCUUACACAGCCAGAGUCGAGUAAAGAUUUUGUGAUCUACAGUGAUGCCUCACAUAAUGGACUGGGUUGUGUACUCAUGCAGGAAGGGAAGGUAGUUGCUUAUGCUUCAAGACAAUUAAAGCCACACGAGAAGAACUACCCUACCCAUGAUUUAGAGUUAGCAGCCAUAGUCUUUGCAUUAAAGAUAUGGAGGCAUUACUUGUAUGGAGAAAAAUGUAAGGUCAAUCUGGUAGCAGAGGCACUUAGCAGGAAAUCCUUUGCUGCUCUAAGAGCUUUGAAUGCUCAUCUAUCUUUACCUAAUGAUGGGGCUAUCAUAGCAAAACUAAAGCUUAGACCCAAUCUACUCCAACAAGUCCAGGAAGCAUAG